GAAUUUGACGAGGGGUUCUGGAUUAAGGUUCAUCAGAGGCAGAGCGAAAGUUUGUCAUGGAACAGAGCUAUGGGUGAAGUUCAUGUUGAAAGAAUGAUUCAGAAGUACAAGGACAGAGGGGAAAUAGACCUUGAGCUCGAGGAUCCAGCACUUGUGAUGUUAAAACAGUGGCCAGCUUCUAAACGAUACCAAGAUAACCCUGAUAAACUUCCAAGCCUUGAACAACAGAUCAAUCAGCUUUUGGAGAUUCUGUUAGAAAGUGAACUAAAUUCGGAGAAUCGAUAUGAGAAGUUCAGAGAUACUGGGGUCAAAGCUGAGAAAACAUUGAUGCACUAUGCAGCAGAACUUGGCUUUUUGCAUGUCACCAAAACACUUGUGAAGAAAUGUCCUCUACUGCUUACCAUGACAACAGAAGAUCAGCGAAAACCUGUUAAAAAAAGAGCCAUGUUACCAGUGGAACUGGCAAUAGAGGCAGAGAAAGAUGAUGUGGCAGCCUAUUUGAUUAGAGUUAUGUGGUAUAAAAGAGUUCAAAGCUUAUUUUCCUGGACACCAGAUGAUAUGGUUAAUCCAGAACCAUCCCCCUUCAGUUUCAAGGCAAUCAUCCUGAAUUCUAAAAUGAAGAAAACAGUAGUGGCUGUGUUAGAUCAGAUGAUGAACCCUCAUUGGCCCUAUCUUCCACAGCGACAAGAAAACUAUGAAACUGAAAUGGAAAGAGAGGCAAUUGAAGGAGUCUGGAAUACAAUCUCAGAUGAUCCAUUAAACUAUCAUUUUUAUUAUCAUAUCUUGGAUGGAGAUGAGGGAGGACGACCCCCAAAGAUUGGGGCUUCAGAUGGACACCAGCAGAUGGAAAACAGAUAUUUUAACCACAAGGAUAAUUCUUGUUUACAUGCAAUUGCCAAGAGCAACAACAGAGAGGCUUUGCAACAUCCUGUUGUCAGAAUGUUGAUUAAAACAAAAUGGAGUAUCUAUGGACACUUGUUUCUCAGCCUUCAAGCAGCAUUGUAUUGCAUCUUCUUGCUCUGCAUGUCAUAUUCCUUGCUGCAUGCUUCAACUAAACUGGACCCCACCCAUUACAGUGGUCCACUGGACUCACUGCGUGGAUUUGGUGAGGUUGUCACUCUACUUAUGGUCGUGUUUUACAUCUGUGAGGAAAUAAAUCAAAUAAAAAUAGAAAGGCGUUCUUAUUUCACAGAGUGGAUGACCUUGUUUGACUUGUUUGGACUGCUAUUGUUAUUGUGUAUAGUACCGUUACGAUACAUGGGUCAUAAAGCACAGUGGAUGGUGACAUCUUUAGCCUUCUUGUUCAACUUCCUGAGGAUAUUCAAAUUUUCAUGUGUCUCAAGGACUACAGGAUUAUACACACAAACCUUGGCCAAGAUCAUUUUACAUGAUGUAACAAGAUCCAUGGCAGUUUUUAUUGUGAUCUUUUUCUCCUUCUGUGGUGCCCUGACUUUAUCACUUUGUUACUCCGGGUCCAAUGAAAACGAAGAACUUCGUGGUUUUGGAGACGUCUUGAUGAGCGGGUUUCGAGCGCUGUCUGAGCAGUAUCCAAUGGUGCAAAAUUACUCACCUUUCAACUGGCUGUCAGUUCUUCUAAUGAUGGCGUAUAUGGGAACAGUGACUGUGAUUCUGCUCAACAUUCUUGUUGCUCAGAUGAGUACGACCUACACACAGGCUAAGAAAGUCGCUCGUCUGGAAUAUGAUGUGGAUCGUAUUUUACAGCUCACUCGCAUGGAGAGAUUUCCUUUUCUGAAUUUACGCGUGAAGUUUUAUAAAGAAGGAGACUGGAUCAGUGAAAUGAAACUUGCAAAAGAGCUUCUGGAAUUCAGUGAGGAUCGCAGUCCUUGGGAGUCGAUUGAAGAGAAACUUAAUGAUAUCAGGGAUCUGAUGAGAAAGAUGGUUAAACAGAUGAGGCCUGGACGCGAAUAA